AUGCGGCCCCGCCACCUCGAUUUCACCGCGGGAGCUGCUCCACCGCAACCCGCGCAACCCGCGCAACCCGCUCAACCCCCGCAACCUGCGCAACCCGCGCAACCCCCGCAACCCGCGCAACCCGCGCAAUCCCCGCAACCCGCGCAACUCGCGCAACCCCCCCAACCCCAGCAACCCGCGCAACCCUCGCAACCCGCGCAACCCUCCCAACCCUCACAACAUUCGCAAGCGGCGCAGCAGGCGGCACUGCAGUCUCAACAGCCGCAGGAACAGUCGCCGCAUUUGUCACUAGCACCAUCCGCAGACUUGGCGAACCCUGAGGGCGCACGGAGAAGGCAGGGUGUGGCGGCGGAGACAGCAGGGCGCAUGGCAGGCGGUGGUGAUGUGCGGGAAGCAAGCGAAAAGCAACGACAGCAGCAGCAGCAGCAGCAGCAGCAGCAGCAGCAGCAGCAGCAGCAGCAGCAGCAGCAGCAGCAGCAGCAGCAGCAGCAGCAGCAGCAGCAGCAGAAGCAGCAGCAAAUGGGAGUAGCAGCGGGUGAGGGGUUGCUGCACAGCCGGAGCGUGCAGGAAAUGCUGCAACCUCCGCUGCCCCAACCCGUGCCUGCGCCCGUGCCUGCAGGCGGCUCGGCACUCCUCUCCGUCGCUCUCAUGUGUGCUGCUGCCCCACAAUCACCCCUCGGACGCUACCACGUGCAUCUGGCACGCUCUCACUCACCCGCCAUGCCCCCCCUCCUCGCCAUGCCCCCCCUCCUCGCCAUGCCCCCCCUCCUCGCCAUGCCCCCCCUCCUCGCCAUGCCCCCCCUCCUCGCCAUGCCCCCCCUCCUCGCCAUGCCCCCCCUCCUCGCCAUGCCCCCCCUCCUCGCCAUGCCCCCCCUCCUCGCCAUGCACCCCCUCCUCGCCUUGCACCCCCUCCUCGCCCUCCCUGCGUGCCCCACCCCUCCCCUGCGCGUGUGUGUGUGCGCCACCCCACACAGGGGCAGCAGGAAGCCGCGGGCAGACAGGAAGGACGCGGCCACGGCAGCAGCCGUGCUGGCAGCGGCGGCGGCACGGGAGGCAACGGGGGGUCCCGGGGGAGGCACGCCUCCGCGCAAGCGCUCGUGCAACUGCCGCAACUCGCGCUGCCUCAAGCUGUACUGCGAGUGCUUUGCGGCGGGGCUGUACUGCGAGGGGUGCAACUGCGUCAACUGCUGCAACUCGCCUGCCAACGAGGCGCAGCGCCACGACGCCGUGCUCGCCGUGCUCGACCGCAACCCCAACGCCUUCCGCCCCAAAAUCGCCCCCCACAGCCCCUCCCACGCCCCCGCUUCGUCCCUCCUUUCCAAUGCGUCCCACCCCCCACUCACACCCCCCCCCUGGCAGCAGGGCGAGGCGGCGCGCGUGCACACGCCGGUGGCGGGGCGGCACCGCGCGGGGUGCCACUGCCGCAAGAGCGGGUGUCUGAAGAAGUACUGCGAGUGCUUCCAGGCCAACGUGCUGUGCGGCGCCAACUGCAAGUGCGCCGACUGCAAGAACUACGAUGGCAGCCUCGACCGCCAGGCCGUCGUUGCCGGCCUUGCUGCUGCUGCUGCUGCCGCUGCCGUCACGCCCAUCAAGUUUGAGAUGUCAGCCUACCAGCGCAUGGUCACCCCCACCAAGGCGUCCGCCUUCACGCCUCCUGCUGCACGCCCUGGCCUGCACUCCCACACAUCCCCGCACGCCCACGCACAUGCUCGCACACCCUCUCACUCGCUCGCUCACUCGCACUCCUACCCUCCCUUUCGCCCCCACCACUCCCCUGUGCCUGCCCAUGCUGCUUCUGCUGCUGCUGGGGGUGCCAUGGGCGGUGGGAUGGGCGGGGCAUGGGAUGGGAGGGGUGGGGGGCACGCGGGUGGGCAUGUGGUGGCGGGAGGGAGUCCCGAGGGCAGCACCAUGCACAUGCACCCUCCUGCCGCCUUGAGGUACGCGCUGGCUGAGCUGGGAGGGAGUGAGGUGUGGGCAGCAAACGGUGUGUUUCCCUUGAGUGAGUCGCCCCCCCCGCACCCCCCCAUGGUGGGCCUCUCCCCCUCCCGCGCGCCCUCCUCGCCCGCCCUGCCCUCCCCCUCGGCGCGCUCGCCCCUCUCCUCAUGGGCGGUGCGGCGAACGUGCAUGCUCAUGGCGGCGCUGGCGUGGGGCGUGCAGCACGAGUACACCGCGAGCAGUGAGUGGCAUAUCACAAGUCACUCGUAUGCCUCUCUUGCCACCCAUUCGCACGCUCGUCGCUCGCUUGGAAUGCGAAAUGCUUAUUCUGCCUUCCAAUCGGCCUUGUUAUGGUCUGCGCUCUCCGUCUGCACCCUCCGUCUGCACUCUCCGUCUGCGCUCUCCGUCUGCGCUCUCCCUUCGCCCUCUCUCUCAACCGGUCCGUAUUAUGAGUUGCGUGUGAUUGCAUUGAAGACCAGAGCUGUGGCGCACAACGUGCCAGUGGCGCACAACGUGCCAGUGGCGCACAACGUGCCAGUGGCGCACAACGUGCCAGCGGCGCACAACGUGCCAGUGGCGCACAACGUGCCAGUGGCGCACAACGUGCCAGUGGCGCACAACGUUCCAUACUUGGACCCACUGAGUACUUGGACCCACCGCGCGUGCACAACGCCACCAUGUGCUGUGCUGUGGACCGACCUUCUCCACCACGGGCCCGAGGAUGCUCGCGACGUAGCCGCCGGCUGUGGUCUCCAUGCGGCAGUCAUCGCUGUCGUUGAACACCGCGCCGCUGUCAUUGAUGAGUUCUUAUCGGUCAUCGUGUCUGAAGAUGCUGUUACGCCGGUCCGCUCCCAGCUCACCUUCACUCCAGCACGGCCGUGUUGCUUCUCCACCACCCGCAGCGCACACGCCGCUGCACAAGCCGACUCGGCCGAAGGCCGAAUGGCAGUGUCCACCCGGCCGGAGCCAGAGGCAGUCCGGGCAGCAGAGGCAGCAGAGGCAGUGCGGGCAGCAGAGGCAGCAGAGGCAGCAGAGGCAGCAGAGGCAGCUGAGGCAGCUGAGGCAGCAGAGGCAGCAGAGGCAGCUGAGGCACGCGCUGCAGCAGAGGAGCCUUCUCCGCACGCGCCCGCACAGCAGAGCCCCCCCCACAGCCCCACCGCCACAGUCAAGCUCGGCUUCCAGGGCCCCCAGGUGUCUGGUCCUCCUCAGGUGUCUGCUGCUCCUCAGGUGUCUGCUGCUCCUCAGGUGUCUGCUGCUCCUCAGGUGUCUGCUGCUCCUCAGGUGUCUGCUGCUCCUCAGGUGUCUGCUGCUUCUCAGGUGUCUGCUGCUCCUCAGGUGUCUGCUGCUCCUCAGGUGUCUGCUGCUCCUCAGGUGUCUGCUGCUCCUUGGGCAGAGUGUGAGCGAGCAGGCAGUGCAGGCGAGGUGGGGGAUUGCUGCAAGGGGGCGAGUGAGAGGGCAGAGGGGCAGGGCGGGCGAGGGGAGGGGAGCAGGGCGGUGGAAGCGGAGAGCAGGGCGGUGGAAGCGGAGAGCAUGGGUGGACUGGCGGGGCACGGUGGGGGGGAGGGGAGUGAGGCGGACGGUGAUCGCCAAGGGCAGGGGCAGGCGAGAGAGGGAGGCGCGGGUGGAGGCGCGAGGGCGGAUGAGGCGGUGACAGGCAUGCUUGGUGACAGUAGCCCUGGUAACGCAGAGGAUGAGAAGGAGAUAGACAGGGUAGGAAACGAGGAGAGGGAUGGGGGUGUGGAAAGGGAAAGGGAGGAAAGGGAAGGGGAGGAAACGGAAGGGGAGGAGAGAGAUGGUAAGGAUAAAGAAGGUAAGGAUAGAGAAGGAAAGGAUAGAGAAGGAAAGCAGCGAGACUCGAAGGAACGAGGAGGGACGGACGAAGAGGGGGAGAGAAGAGAAGGGAAUGAGAGAGAAGGGAAAGAAAGAGAUGGAAAGAGAAGAAAAUGGACGGAGAGAGAAGGGAAGGAUGGCGGAGGUAAAGAGAAGGGAGUAGAGAAUGAAAGAAAGGAGAGAGAAGAGAUCGAAAGGAAGGAGAAGGAAAGAGGAGAAGAUAGCAAGUUUGGUGAGGCCCAAGAAGGAAACGUGGUGGUGGGCGAGGGAAGCGGGAAGGAGCAAGUGGGGUGUGGUGAGAGCAAGGCGGAGCAGCGCGGCACAGAAGAGAGGGGGGGGCGAGCUGAGUCUCCAUCGCAGAGGCAGGGGGGUUCUGUGGGGGAGGUGGGAGGGGUGGGUGAGGGCGCAAGUGGUGAGGGGGGUGGUGCUGGUGCUUUCCGUGUGAAGGAGGAGUGGGCAUGUGCACCGGACAAGAGUGACUUGGAGGUGGGCGAGGAGGUGGGCGAGGAGGUGGGCGAGGAGGUGGGCGAGGAGGUGGGCGUGGAGGUGGACGAGGAGGUGGGCGUGGGUGCAGCGGAGAAGGCGUGUGAGUUGACUCGCGUGCUGCUGGGUCCCACGGUGUCGCGUCUUGCUGCUACAUCCGUUGGUGGUGGCAUUGAAGGUUCGAAGGCGGUGGCCGAUGUGAUGCUGGCAGGUGGCGGGGCCACGGCAGCGCAGGAAGAGAGAGGGCAGGCAGUGCAUGCAGAGGAGAAGCAGGUGGAGGGCGGUGAGGAGGUGAGCAUGCAGGUGAGCAUGCAGGAGGAGGGUAGCGGUGAGGGGAGACCAGUGCAGGAGGAGGAGAGGGGAGAGCGGAGGGUAACGGCUGGGAGCUUGGCGGAGGGCGAGGUGGCGGAGGGAGAACGGGAUGAGGAAGUGGUGGAAAGUGGGAAGGUAGGAAGCGGGGGACAGGAGCAGCAGGAGGAGGGGGGGGAGGGGCGGCAGCAGCGGUCGGUGUCGCCGGGCACGCGGGCGCUGAUGUGCGACGAGGAGGACGACCCCGGGGACACGCUUUUCGCCGCCACCUCCUCCCCGCUCGCCCGCUCCAGCGCACUCGCCAGCAGCGAUGCCGAUGCUGACCUGGACGAUGACGUGGCGAGGGGUGAUGUGGCGGAUGAGGGGGACGAGCAGGGCGGAGGGGAAUGGGGUGCGUGGUGGGAUGGCAGGCGGGUGAGUCGGAAGCGCAGUGCAGAGCUGAUGGAGGGGCAGCGCGGCAUGGGGGCGGGCAUGGGGGCGGGCAGCAGCAGCCCCUCCGCCGCUCUGCCGCGCACCACCAGCGCUGGCCUUGCCGCCCGCCUGCUGCCCUCUGGUUUCUCGCCCUCACCUGGCAAGGCCAGGAGGAGAAGCCUGGGGGGGCAUGGUGCGGGUUGUGGCGGCAGCGUGAGGGGGGGAGAGGAGCAGGUGGAUGGGAGGAGGAGCGUGAGUGCCGGUCAUGCUGCCCUUGCUGCUGCUGCCGCCGCUGCUGGCAAUCAUCCCUUUGCUGCCGGAUGCGUCUCAGGAGCUGCUGCAGGCGCGGCAGCAGCAGAGGUGGGUGUGAUGGAUGAUCCAAGAGUUGCCAUCCGCCUCGCUGCCGUGCGGUCGGCACUGGCCACGACAAGGGGUCAGGGGAGAGGGACGUCGGCAACAGGAGGGGCGAGUGGAGGGGAGGGAGGAGAGCGAAUGCAGGCAGUGCAGCAGAGGGCGGUGGUGGAGAGGGUGGUGGUGGAGAGGGGGCUUCUGGAAUUGCUAGAAGACCACCUUCUGCAGAUCGCCGCCCACAUUGGCGCCCCCGCUUGCUAG